UGUGUAUAUAAAUUGGAGACAUAGUGAGUAUAGAUCAAAUCGUCGAUGAUGGAGGAGUCCACGUUUCUGCUUACCGUGCGGAUGGUUGCUGCUCUGUGUUGCGUUUACCCAGCACUGAGUGACAUCAAGCAGUUUAUCUGGAUCCAGAAUCAUGCAUAUAAUGAUGUUGACGUUUUCGGCAAUGUCAUAUCUUUUAUGAGUGAAGUCGAAACAGCACUGGACUGUUCGAGGGAAUGCAGACAAAACCCAGACUGUCUGUCAUUUUCUUGCAACGCUGAUCUCACUUGCCGUCUGCACUCUGUGAGACUUGCAUAUAACGUCAGUGCUCUCCCUUCACCAGGAUCGCGCCACUACUACCGUUUUGCAGGCGACUGCCCAAUUAAAGACGGGUACGAACUGUUUCAAGAUCUCAACUUGUGCAUCAAGGUCAAUCUGCCACAUCAAACAUGGCACCAGUCACGUGACCUUUGCAACCAAUCGGGCUCCAGGUUGAUUGUCUUGGACACGGAAGAGAAACAUACGGCUGUCAGGGAAUACAUCGACUCUAAUUUCGAUGAGUCGAGGUAUUGGAUUGGCAUGACUGAUGAAAUAAACGAAGGCGUGUUUGUUUGGGAGAACGGAAACAACGUCAGCUUCUCAACAUGGAAGCUCGGCAAUCCGAACAAUGUGUAA